AUGACCAGCGGCUUCAUCAUAAACAUCAAUUUGAAUCUGUUGUUCCUAUGCUCUAUGGCUACAGCUGGCCGCGCCAAGGGACAAAGAGGCAGCACUUCCGGGUCGAAGCGAUCUGCGACUGCAGCUGCAAUCACUGCGGCAGAUGGACUUGGAACUCACGACUCCAACGUUCCAGAGACUUUCAAACGUUCGUAUAAGCAUCAGCAAACCUUUUUCCCCGAGUGCAGGACGGUAUCAAUUGGCUAUCAGCAUCUAGUUCAAGAGCUGCUCAAUGAUCGCUUUACACCUCAGCAGACGUCUUCACUUGCUUUCGCUGCAGCUUCAACGACGAGCAGCUCAACACCGCAAUCAAUGCCUGGACCCAAACUAAUGAGCGAAGAGGCCUGCUACACAACUUGUAAAACCGGAAUCGAAGCCUUUCGAGAUCAACUUUCGCAAGGUAUGAGAUCGUACAAGCAACCUGCUCCAUGUUGGGCCACUGCAGAUUUCACCAUCGUUGACCGAAACGGAACAGCAAUUAAGCAGUAUUGUCCUGGGGUCUGCCCUUUGCUAGUCGUCUGUAUGUGUCAACUCAGUCUGAUCAUCCACUAUCACUACAAUGCAACACCAGGGGAAAUGCAAAGAAACAAGGAGGUGUUCCUCUAUAGCUAUAAGCCUACGAACUUCCGGUCUGUUUGCGACAUGAGGACAUUUCCGAAUGAUUUGGGUGGAGUAAUGUUUGAAGGACCAAGGACGCUAAAGGUUAAGCGUUCACUGUUCAACCUAUGGAAAUUGAUACCUGGAUCGGCGAAAGUAUUGAAGACUAUUGAAUGUCCAAUCCUCAAUGAUAGACAAGCAAAUGAUCCGAGCAAUGCAGGACAAGGUACAGUAACUGCGGAGAAUCCAGCAGCAAAGAACCCAAAGAGAGCGAUUCGAGAAGUGUGCUAUUGCAACGGCGUCGAUGGCAAGAGGAGCAUUGUCACUGCUCAAUGUAGUCAUGCUCAGGUUUCUUGCGUGACAACAAGCUAUGAAGACGUCCUGAGUGCUCUUCAGCAAGGUAACUAUGAUCAAGCCAUGCUGGGGAUAUGCGUGGAAGUGUUUCCUGAGCUUGUUGCGUUGUUCAAGCCAAUUCCCAGGAUGGCGAUUGCAAACGAGCAGAUCGGUAGUGGAACUUUGGACCUGUUCAUUCCCAAUCUGCAGAAUCUUCCUGACCUCAACGAACUACCUCCAGCUGAAGGUAGGGUGUCGCACGGGCAGCUGGGCACGGGUGAAGGGCUCUUGCCCAGCCCGCCUGCCCUUGAAAAUGCGUUUGUCCGUGUUCGCCCGCAGCACGGGCACGGGCUAACGGGCAGAAUAAAGGCGAGGACAUGCGAACUUUCGCGGCACCCUGGAGAAAAAGUGGGUUUACCCGGAUCAUCCGGGCAUAUUUCACCACUUGUCCGUGUUCGCCCGCGGCGCGGGCACGGGCAAACGAGCAGAAUGUAG